AGAAGGGAAUUUUUAACUAUCAAAUUUAAUCAACUGUUGACAAAUAAUUAAUAUGUCAAACUUUGACAGUUUUGUCAACUAAUUCAGUAGCCUUAUGGUUGGAACCUUUAUUGUGACACUCAAAUCACCAAACAGUUUUAUCAAUAACCAAAACUCUUUAAUUUUAUUCUCGUGUUUUGCUAAAGAUGCUAGCAUCUUGGGGAGAAGAUUAAAACUAACUCACAGUUAAAGGUCGAUCAAUAAAGAUUUAAAAUGGUUUCCACUUUGGUAUGUAGAACCUGCUUGUAUGUGGGUGAUACUGGAUUUUCGUUUAAAAAACUCGAUAAAGUCAAGUCAGUUUUAGAGAUGUUCAUGCCAGAAAUAAAAAACUGCUUCGAAAAAUCAUCGCCCGUCUGUGAACAAUGCUACUACUUCCUAAAAAACGUCGAAAAAUUUAAGGCAAAAUGUCUGGACACCCAACAAAAACUUUACUCAAUGAACGUCGAUUCGAUUAGAAAAGAGCGGGAAAGCAUAAUUCAAAAUUCAAAAAUCGUCAACAGGAAUAUUUUGCCGGUCAGAAUGCUGACCGUAACAUCCAAAACAUUUAUGAAUAAUCGAGAUAUUACCAAGGGUUCAAUUGAACCCAAAAAAAACGCUCAUCUUGAUGAUGAAUUCAGGGUGGCGAUGGAUGUUGAUAAUUCUUUCAAAAGUCUACAUACCAACGUUCAAUUAGAUGACGAUGUUUAUCUUAAGAACGAAGAAGAUGAUGGUCCUAGGAGCUCAUUAUUGGAAGAAGCUGCUAUAGCCAAUAAAUCAACAGAAAAAGACAGUGCAACUAUUGGAAUCAUUGAAGUAAGCAGUGAUGAGGACGACGUAAAUUCUAAACAACAUACUGCCAAAAUAGAGUUUUGUUUAAAGAAAUCACUUGGACACAAACCAAUCACCCAUAAUUUUAUGGUUGAAAAAGCCAGUGUCGAUAAUCCGGAUCUUGUACAAGUUAAAACUGAACCAGAUGAAAAUCCUGGUUUUUUUAAUAAAAAAUCCAAAAGCGGUUUCUACAAGUGCAAAAUGUGCAUCAAACGGUACAAAACCUCCGAGGGGCUGUACAACCAUACGAAAACAUCGCAUCGAGAACAGUUGAAGUUUUACCAUUGCCAAUACUGUAGCUUUUUCACCCUAUGGAAAUCCGCUUUGACCAGACACCGUACCGUUUACCACGAAAACAACAUUUUACACUCUGCGUGUCCGCAAUGUAAGUUCGUAAGUCGAUCCCAGGAUCAACUUAACAGACACAUCUUGGAAAAUCACGUUUAUGAAACUUUCACGAGAUGUACGUUGUGCCGGGCCAGGUUUACACAUAAAAUCGCUUUCAUGGAGCAUAUUAAGAAUGAACAUGUUAACGUCGGACUGCCCGGAACUUUGAAAUGUUCACAUUUUUGUUCGGAAUGUUCGAUUUUAUUCUUGAGUUUGAUGGACUACAGGAUUCAUUUGGCAGAGUGUCAUAAUGUCGGAUUGGUGUUGUGCGAUAAAUGUAACGCGAUUUGUAAUAAUAAGGAAGAGUAUUAUGAGCAUAAUGACAAGGUACAUGGCAGUCCUUCUAGUAGGGUUGGUAUGGAAGAUUUUGUGAGCCAACCAAACUGUAUAGUAUAAGCAUAGCCUAAAGUUCUAGUGUAAGGUGUUUUUCAUAUUGUUUAUUUGAUUAAAAUUGCAAUAAAGGUUGAAUUAAGUCGCA